AUGCCCGACGUUGCACCUUUGUCUUUUUCAUCUUCUUUAUCCAAACAGAUCCAUUCAGUGCAAGUGACUGAAGCAGACAGCUAUGUCUGUGUCGCAGAGAAUCCAGCGGGAUUUGCAGAGAGACUCUUAACCCUAAAUGUGCAUGUUCCGCCCAGAAUAUUCGGUGCAACAUCUGAAAAUGUCAGCGCUGUUCUUCACAGCUCAUUAUCUCUGGUGUGCGAUGUCCAGUCACAUCCCUCUCCUGAUGUUACCUGGUACAAGGAUGGGCAGAUCAUACAACCUGGCAGGGGGUUACUUGUAAUGCCAGGUGGGCAAGUACUGCAGAUUGCUCGAGUACAGCUCUCCAACCAGGGAACAUACAUGUGCAAAGUGAAGAACCCAGCAGGAUCUGCUGAAAAACAGGUUCAUCUCACAGUUUAUGUCCCACCCAGUAUAAAAGAACCGCCCAGCGGGAACAAAGAGGCUGUUCUUGGUCUUGGAGGGACCCUUACAUUAGUGUGUGAGACUGAUGCUGUACCAGAGCGAACCGUCACCUGGUAUAAGAAUGGGCAACCCUUCACAGUCAGCAGUAGCGUCUCAUUCCGGAAGAACAGGCAGAGACUGGAAGUUCGGGAUGUGCAGGCAUCCGAUAAGGGGCUGUACACCUGCAAAAUGGCCAACGUAGCAGGAGAGGAUGAACUGACCUACACCGUGAUUAUACAGCUGCCUGCAUCCAUCCUCCAUCCACAGAAUGAGACCAUCCAGUUGACUAUCGGUAGUUCCAUAUUCCUCUCAUGUGAGGCUCAAGGCUAUCCUCCUCCAAAGAUCACUUGGUUGAAAGAUGGGGAACCUCUAGAGCAUUCCAGUGAGCGGGGACUUAUCAUAAGAGGAAGCCGACUGCAAAUCAACAGACCGCAGCAGUCGCACACGGGGCUGUACAGCUCCAUAGCGCAGAACCACCUGGCUGAGGUUCACAAGGACUUCCUUCUGCUGAUACAGGCCCAGUUAGUAAAAGAACAGGGAUUACCAUUGGUGGAUGAAACCAUUGAUGGUUCUGCUGUGAACGGUUUUAUACCAUCAAUAUUAACCAACGAUGGUACCAUCGAUGGUGAACGUUGA